AUGGUCCACGAAGACUUGGCGUCGCGUCUGAACGACGGCGAGUACAAGAACUGGCUGAAAGCCGGACGGUGUCUGGUCCUGCUGAAGCACGGCCUCCACCCGUACGCCGACCGGCAGGUGAGGGCGUUUCACGGCGACCUGCUCAACCGUCACGCGCCGCUGCGGAGCCCCUGCCUGUCCGCGGCGUGCAGAGGCUGUUCCGCGUGGCAGAAAGAGAUCCUGAAGCACCACAGGCAGCCUGACAACACCAUCAACUGGGCAAACUGUUCCCCCCCUCUCUGGAGGUCAGACCACUGGGAGCUGGCCAAGGCCUACAUGCCACGUGGUCAGACCAAAGUGAGGGCGGCAGAUCAGUGCGACGCAUCGGCGCUGCUAAACCUGAUCAAUCACUGCACAUGUUUCCGCUCUGUGGAUCCAAAGUUGGCAAGACAGAUCAUCCAAUACAGGAAUGAGCUGAUGCACUCAUGUGAGCUCCGCGUGAAGGACGACUGGAUGAGACACUACCGGACUGCUCUGAAACACUUUGUGCAGCAGCUUAGCCACGAACCGGAGAUGUCAGCAGCCGGACGGCAAAUAGAAAACAUGCUGUCACUGGAUUUGUCCAUAUGCAUCUCCGGGGUGGACCAAAUGGACUCUCCCGACCUGCCGAUCAGACUAAAGGGUGCCUCCGGUAGCCAGUCGGAGACCAGCGCCGAAUUAGUCAGCCAAUGGGAAGGUGAGCUGCUCCAGGAGAUGCUGCAGGAGCGUCUGCACGCUGCCGCUGAGGAUGAUGUGGACCAUGGUGCAAAGUCACAGGGCGCAGAUCAACUGAUAAGAUUGGGCGACUUCCUGCAGACCAACGCAGAUCUGAGCGAGAGAUUUGCUGCCGAGCUCCAAACCAUCAGCUCACUCAAGCCCAAAUAAGGACAAGAAAGGCGAAAUGAGGAUGUUAUUGUCUACAAUGUCCUCAUGUCCACUACUUGAAAUGUGUCAUGGUUUGGAUUCAAAUGGGACGCCUCUAUCUACACAUGCAUUGCACAUUACUAGACAAUCUGAUAAAAAUUCUAUAAAAGCUAUUUCGAUCCGAACAGUUUGCAAGCAAAAUUGUUUUCUCACAUCAAAUGUCUUCCAUGCUGUUGUUUACAUGAAGCAUAUGAAAAUAUGAAUACAAGUACUAUUAGUUGUCUUUGUUGUGGUUAAGGUUAUAAGAUAACUUUUUCCACAGUCACUCAACUGAUACUGGUAAUUCUGAUAGUGAUAAAAUCGCUGUGCGUUGCGCCAAGAACUUACUUACAAAAAUGAGCUAUUUGUCUUAUUAAAAAUGUUUUGCAACUGCUUUUUAAAAUGACAUCUUCAUACUCGAGUGUUGAGUCAAAAUCGCGUUUUAACAGCAAUAACAGCACAGAUGGAAAAGAGGCUUAUGAUUAUGUUACGUACAUCGAUUUGGCUGCUGUUGCCGUGGUAACAACAGCACAACCUUUAUCGGUUUUAAAAAACAAAGUCGUAUUUUGACCAAACUGGGUUAUCAGUGUUUUUGGUGUAAAAAGAGCCUUUCUAUCUGAAUUCUGUUGUUGAAAUACAUUACAAACUGGUGAAGCCGCACAGGUUCCAGUUUUUGGUUCUUAGUGGGGGAAAAAUGUAGUUGUUAUUGGAGAAAAUGUAUUUUCCUUUUUUGAUGGAGGAAAGGCUGUCAAAUGCUGUGAGUCGCAGUGUUAAGGCAUCGAUAGGGAUUAAUGGACAAAUGGGAGAAAAUAUAGUCAUCGUACUUUCUUGACCUAUUCAAAGCACUCUGUACAAGAAGUCAACUCACAUUAAAUUAGCUUUUUUAAAAUCUAUUUUACACUCUGACUCUUCAUUGCA